AUGGCUUUGACACCGGAACUGGCCGACAAGAUCGAAAAGGUGCUGGCAGCUGCCACUGGCGGGGCCCUUGUCCGUAGCAUGGAGAGAUGCUACAGCAUGCUGAUGGAAGCGGGGUUGCUCUACCAUCAGAAGGUGCACUCCAGCUUUAUCGGGGUGCAUCCUAGCAAUCGUGAUGGCUGCGGAGUUUCCGCAAAGCACGUGCAUGAACUCCUUGCUGACCUCGUCGGUCUAGGGUGGAGCACCUCGGAGUUUCGAGGGCUCUGCGUGGAAGUCUCAGAUUCCGAACGCUCCGAUGUGUUUCGCUGGAACCAAGAGUUGGCGGAGAACUCGGAGGGACGAGUUCCCGGCUUUCCGUCCGAAACCCACCUCAAGUUUGCCACACUGGCAGGAUCACACACUAAUCAGGUGUUGCGGUGCUUCCUGCACAAAGUUCCCAGCGAUGCUGGUAAGGCUACGGAGGGAGGGCGACUGAGCCUGGAGAGCCUCCAAAGAACGGAUCCCGACUUCCACGCCGCAUGCACAGAAGGAGCUGUAUGGCGCAUCGUAUCGAAGGUAGUACCACAACGUUUUCCGAGCUUUUGUCAGCUCGCCCAAUCAGCUGCCAAUGCUAGCGGGCACGUAGCGAGAGAAGAGUCAGAACUUCAGUUGUGUCGGAAGAUUCACGGGGAAGUGGCACGGCACAUGGGCCUGGGGAAAAGCACCGUCAAUUACGUGGACGUGAAAGACGCAGUUCUCCGUUCCAAACCCAGGAGUGCCGGGACCGUUCCUGCCUUGUUUGUGUUUACUCUUCGUUACUCCGGCGGCCAGCAUGCUCACCUCCUACAAGAAACGGAAAAAUUUGUGCGAGCACACGGCUUCAACAGCCGGAUGCUUGGACCGGAAAUUUUUGAGGCACUCAACACCGAGGUGAAGGUGAAUGACCCUGGGGCGCAAGUUCGCCACAUGUUGUUGCACUUCGCUUAUGGUGUGGAGGAUGGCCGGGCCCUUUCCGUGUCCGAUGUGAAGAAAACGUUCUCCGCCGGGAUGGCUGGCAAGCGAGAGGAAGCGACCAGAUUGCUCGAGGCAUGCAAGGCCCUGUGUGUUCAGCAUACCGUCCAGCCGGCAAUUGCGCUGAAGGCGGUGGGCUAUCUCCAAGUGAACAUGGUAGCAGUUUUGCUAGAGAAAAAAAAGUUCAAAAAGCACGCAAGCCUGCAGCAAGCUGCGGAACAGUUCGUGAAGGAAAUCCAAGAGGCAGCAAACCUGGCGCAUGAGCUUGACGAUCAAGGCAGAAACAAAGACGACAUCCGCCUUCGAGCUGCGGGUUAUGAGGUCGGCCAGACCGUGUUGAGGAAGAGUGAUUCCUCGACGGGGAAGAUCGAAGCCAUGACCGCUUCCGAGGUGUCGCUGCAGGUGGAAGGCGAGAUUGUGACGGUCGCGUCCGAGAGCUUUUUAGCAGGCGAGUGGCGACCUUACGCAUCCAAGGAGGAGGCUGUUCCUGUCGCCUUCGAAGCAUCGCUCCCGGUGAACUCUUCGGAGUUCUUGCUGGCAGAGGCCAAGGCGAGGAUUCUCCAGCAGAUCCGUGCAGACGAGGCUUCAGGGUCGGCCCACUACGGCAACCUGCAGCUUUUCCUCAAACCAGGCAAUGUAAAGGCAGGAAAAAGGUUUGAGAAGUCUGAGCUGGUUCUGGUCCCCAGCACACAUCGCAUCGAUUUCAAAAAGCCUGGGUCCGCAAGUGCCGGAGCCAUCGUUGCAGGCCUCGUGGACAUCAAAGGGUGCACGUACGAAGUGAAACUCAAGAUGACGGCGGAUGCCACAUGGCAAAUUCCGUUUGCCAGGAACACAAAGGUGAUCAACGCGGGAGACAGCCUGGUGUUGGGAAAAAGAGUGCUUGUGCAGAUGCAGAAGCAUGCCGAUUGCAUGCAGAGUUGUUGCACGAUUGCGGGCAGCACUCAUUUUGGACUUGUGUUGUUGGCGGCUGCAGGGCUCGAGGCUCGCAGACUGCGAAUCAACAGCCGAUCUUCGUGCUCAUCUCUACAGAUACACGUGGCGCCCAUGGCCAAGCCGUGCCGGGUGGACCAGGUGUGGUCGAUCACGGGUGGAAAGUUAAAAAAGAAGUCGACGUGGCUUGUGAAAACGAAAGUGGUUGAAGACAGGCUGUUCGUGCUCAUUGAUAAAUGGGACCGUCACUUCAUACAAUUCGUGACCGGCCAUCCCCUUGAGCUCAGGAAGGAGAAGGAUCCUCACCAUCUCUCCAUUCCAGCGUAUCAAGACCUCUUGGACUUGCGGCAGAGCGCCUGCGACGAGCUCUACAACAAGCACCUUCGCGAUGCUGCAGCGAUCGCGGGAGACGCCGAACCGCGGCACAGGAAUGCCAGAGAGGAGGACUUGUACCUCGCUGGACGCAUCGUGGACAUGAGAUGUCCGGCAAUCAACCGUGCGGAGGAGGAGAUGCCUGCUCAGAUCAUUUCGGCAUUAUGGUCCGUGAAGGAUCCCGUGCUGUGGAUUGAACUAGCACCGCAAAACCUCGACUACAUAGCCCUGUUCAUGCGACAGGGCUUGGCAGCGCAUAUCGAGAAGAACGAACAAUCUCGUCGUCGGAAGAAGCUUCGGGGGGAUGUGGACGACGUGGUGGUCAAACCUUCGCCCAAAAAAAAGAAUCGCCGAAGCCGCAAGCGCAAGGCAGCACAUGUCGAAGAAGAAGAAGAAGCAGAAGAAGAUCCGGAGGCAAUCCAGAACGAAGCCCCGCCCCCGGCCCCGUCGUCUCCCCGGGACUCCGAUGCACAGGAAGACGACGACUCUUUUGAGGCACUUCUUCGAUCCUAG